UAGAUUUGGUUAAUGUUCACCCUACAGUAGGGUUCAAAAGUCAAGCAUUUGUGUGAAAGACACAAACCAGUAAAAACCAAGGAACAAAAUCCAGGAGAUACGAGUCGACAACAGAGAAAAACCAUGAUCACAAUCACAGAGUUUCAGAAAAUCGGUGUAGGUCUGUCAGGAUUUGGCGUGUUCUUUGUGCUGUUUGGAAUACUAUUGUACUUUGACUCGGUCCUGUUGGCAUUUGGAAAUAUUCUGUUUCUGUCUGGUCUGACCUUCGUCGUUGGCUUGAGGAGGACGGCCCACUUCUUUUUCCAGAGACAGAAGCUCAGAAGCUCCGCCUUCUUUCUAGGAGGCGUGGCUUUAGUUCUACUAAGAUGGCCUCGUAUUGGCAUGCUAGUGGAGACCUAUGGCUUUGUGCUUCUAUUUAAGUCAUUCUUUCCAAUGGUUUUUGGAUUUCUUGCAGCAGGCUUGAACAUUCCUUUUUUAACUACGAUUUUAAACAAGUUAUCUGGAAAUAGUUCCUCAAUGGUGUAAGAGCAGAUGCUGGAAAUCUGGAGGUUUUUCUACAGUGAACUGUUCGAAUUUUAUUUGUAUUUUAUUUUAUUAUUACCUGUAUAAUAUGUUGAAUAAACUCACCAUAACAUG